AUAAACCCCCAAGUAGGUCGUCUCAGCUCUCUUCACUUGCGACGGCUCUCUCUCACUUAACCACUCUCCCAGCUGCCGGAAAACACAGAUAUGCUCUCCGUCGCUAAACGCCUCGUCUCCGCCUCACCGUCUCUCCGUAACGGCGCCCCCCUUCUCCAAUUCUUCAGAACGGAGGCAGGUCAGCCGAGACGGCGAACCAAAUCCCACUCUCCGCCGCUCAAAAAGAAGGAAGAGAAGUCGGAGUGGUGGAUCGUCGACGGAGAGAUGCACGAGAUCGGCGAUCACGUCCCUCUCCGCGAGCGAUUCACCAUCCCCAGAGACAAUAUCCCCAACAGGCGCCGCAAGCAGCUCCGCGAGCAGUUCAUGCGCCGCACUCGCCUCGUCCUCAAAGAAUCGGAGCAUGAGCCAUGGUGCAAGAAGUACAUGGAGCUGUACAAUGAACUUAGGGAAAACUGGGAGAGGCUUUACUGGGAUGAAGGAUACUCCAAGAAGAUUGCUAGGGAUCAUGCUAAUUACGAGUCUGCUGAGGAAGACGAUGAAGAUUUUAAUCCAUACAGGAACAGGCGGACAUUUAAUGAUCCAACAAAGCAGGAGCAGGGGUUUGUUAAUAGAACAACGCAACAAGGCGAUGGUAACUGGGACAAAGUAAAUCAAAUCCGGGACAAGUUUGAAUAUGACAGAGAAAGGAGAAUGAGAGAAAAAGCCUUUGCACCAAUGAACGCCGCACCGGACGCUAGAGACUCAAAUUGGAAUGCACAGAGACAGCCAUUUGAUGCUGAGAGAUACACUCGGGACUGAAUUUGAUCGUUUUGGCAUCUAUUUCAGUGUGUUAACGGAAAUGUUGUUGUAGCAGAUGGUCAUAAUCUCUACGCAGUAUCCCCAUAAGUAGUAGCUUAUUUGGCACAACAUGGCUUCGCAUAAGAGACCGUCAACCACAAUACACUUGGAGAAACCGUGCUGCAUUUACAGUGUGAUUAUAUUUCGUAAACAAUACUUUUUUUUGGAGCAUUAGCAUCGCGUGUUGUAAUCCCCUUCUUCACCUUAAAGAGUGUUAUGAAUCUUUUGAUAAAUGACUAUGUAGUUCAUUUUCACAAUCA